GUAGGUACCAGAACAUUAAGACAGAUCAAGCUCCAAUGAAACUGUCAUUCAUCAUGUUGACAGAUCUUUUCCAUGGCACACUGAAAUGAGCCCCUGAUUGAGUCUGUCUAUCACCAGGCCUGUCUAACUAUAAGAUUUUUACCAUGUUGUCUCUGACCAUGAAGAUGUACCCCGCUAUGUUUUUGGGACUACUGGUAUUUGUUGUCCUGGAAAUAAGAAGUGAAAUAACAACAAGAGAAAACAACCUCACCACCAGUGUGACUGCCCACCCUCCUGCAGAAGUUACUUUGCCUCACAGUACUCCAUUACCCAUCAUAUUUGACAAACAAAAUGUAACUACUGCAACUACUUUAAGCCUCAGUCAUAGAGCAACAGACGAAACAAGAACUGCAAGUGGAAAGCCAUUUGCCCACAAUGUUACAGGAACUGAACAGACUUCUUCCAUUACAACAACUACACGCAGUUCUCAAGUUAAUAUUACAGAAGCCUCAACAACAGGAAUGAAAGCAGCAGAAGAGAAGUCAACUGCGAUACCAACGUUACCACCAAAUCAGACCACCAUGGUACCAACAAAUACAACUGGAUUCCAGACAAUAUUACCAAUCAACAUAACAGAUGAAGAGAAAAAUUUGACAACUGUGACAUCAAAAACAUCUGAGUGGUCAGUUAAUACUACCGCCUUGCCAGUAGCUCCAAAGACCCCAGCACUGACAACAACCUUAACUACAGUUACAAAUAAAUCAAUAAUAAAAACUACACUGUCAACCAUGUUACCAGAGCAUAGCACGGCAACUACCACUUCUGCAAUCACCAGAAGCAGCAACCAAACCAUUCAAGACAUAUCCAAUACGGAAUUCAAUCAGUCUACCAACCAGUCAACCAAAGCUACUACAAUUCCAACAACUGUAUUUUCCAACAUAUCAACCACUACUGCAGAAAUACUCUCAACAAUCUUUUCACAAACCACAAAUGCCACACAAGAAUCUUUGAUACCCAUUUUUCCCAAAACUUUAUCUACGAGCAAGCCAACUUCUUCCAAAAAGGGUAUUGAUAACAAAGAGACCCCACCCUGUUCAUCUAUAGGUGUGGUAAAAAAGUGUCUGAUUGUCAUUGCAUCUCUGGCUGUUGUGGCAACGAUUUUUAUCAUUUCUACCAUAAUCCUCUGUACCAAACUGUCUUCAAGAAAGUUCAAACUGAGAAGACAGCAGCAAGGUACAGAGAUGAUGUGCAUAUCUUCACUGCUGCCUGAAAGCUCCAACCCUCACCACCGCUACACAAGGCAACGCAGCCCAGUGCACAAUGGGGUCCUGGUUAUCCAUAACUGUGGGGACAGUGAUGAUGAAAUAGGAGACAACCUCACCCUCAGCAGUUUUCUACCUGAUAAUGACCGUUAUGUUUAGAUAAUGGGUGAUUCAAAUGCACUGAGCAAAAAAAAACUCUAUGACAAAACUUGUUGCUGUGUAUAUUUAAAUAAUAUGUUAUGAAUAAAGCUUGGUUUAUUCUUGGAAAGCCCCAAGACCUCAACCAAGGCAUUACCGUCAUGUCAAA